AAUGGGCCUAUGUUAUACUAGCGAUCGCGCGACGAUUAGCGGAGAUAAUGCUGUUGCCGCCGCCGCGGCUGCGACGACGACGACGAACAAGAAAGCCGUAAAGCCGGUAGCGCCGUUCUUUUCGUCUUCGAAAAACGACGCUUCUUCAGAACAAAGUGGCGGAAAAUUACAAGCCACCGUUAAUCCGCAACCGUCGGAAACGGUUCCACUCGAUCUUUCGGCCAGUAAAGGGGCCCUUCCACUCGACCUGUCCGUCCGCAAGAAGGAAGAGAUGGAGGAAAAGAACGUCAUUGACCGACCUAUGGGUCGCCAUCUUAACCUACCAACCAUCGCUCUUAGCAGGCCGAAUACGGCCGGUAAAAUGACUGCGCCCUCUCGAAUCAUGUCAAAGCCGUUAGCACCGUCAUCACGAAUCGGCGUUAAAACAGGGACGCUCGUGCACAAAGUAUCACCUAUGAGACAUGGCUUACCCACAACAACGACUGCGCUACCCCAUACAACCGUCCUACAACCUAAACCUCAGGCUUCAGGCAGUUCAUCGGUUGGCGACGAACCACCGACAACGGCUUUGUCAACAGCACCCGCUUCAAAGUCCAAUUUUGCCGUUCGUUUUAUAGCUAGUUUCGAGAAAAGAGCGGCGGCGGGUGCCGGAACUAAACGGACAGCCUCCCCAGUUUUGGCUCCCCUAAAAUGUGGAUUCCCACUGUUAGCUAAAGCCUCCGAACAGCGGACCAAUAGCAACGACAAUACCGCUACGCCUUUGUCCGUCGCCCCAACAGCGACUCCUAGUGACGAAAAUUGCCUCUCGGCAAAGCGACUAAUACCUUUAGUGACGGAAGAAUGUAAAUUGCAGAAACAGAGCGCCGAAGAAACAGUCGUCAGCAAUAACAAGGUAGACAAAGCAGCUGACCUAGCAGUGGUUACAAAGCCAACUGAAACUUCCGUAUCGGAUGCGUCGUCAGCCACCAAACGCUCAGAUAGCACCCCUAAAGCGGACGAGUCUAAAUCGAUAACGGACGCACGACGCGUCUCUUGCGAAUCGCCGUCCACGACGCCGCAGAAGCGACUCGACGUUGAUGGGAAGAAGAAAAAGACAACGUCAAAAGCUUCACGGUCAAAACGACCUUCUGUCAGUUGUAGUGACGAGGAGGAGCCAAAGGUAGAAGUGAAAAAGGGAAAGAAAGUUAAAAAAGAGCCUGAGGAAGACGAGUCGGACAAAGAGUAUGAUGGGGAGGGAGACGAAGAAAAUAAUGAUAAUGAGUCCGGUGACAAAAAGCGAAAACCGGAAGUACGUGUAACACGGUCGAGAAAUUCUUCGCCUAAACAGGCUCAAUCGCCCCUGAAAAAAACGAAAAAAAACGGCAGUGCUUCGAAGCACAGACCUCCCGCUGGUCGUAAAUCGAAAAGUUGUGCGAAAAAUGAGACGGGUUCGUCCGGAGACGAACAGACGUCCAAUACAACUAAAACUUCAAAACGUCGCCGAACUAGCAACAACAAUAAUGUAACUAGUCGAAGAGGUCAAGCGCGCAGUGCCAGCUCUCAAGACGACAGCGACGCUUCUGAGAGCGGCGUCACAACCCGAAGUCAAUGCGCACAAAACGCGCCUAAAAGGCAAAGUCCCAAAAAGAGACUAUCAACACCUCCACGUCGCAAUAACAAACAGAAAAAGAAGGAAGUCAGCUCCUCCGAAAGUGAACACGAAGACGAAGACAAUGUUUCCAAUCGCACUCGAGCUCGAAAGACAUCUAAAACUGCAGACAAAUCUCCUAAAAAGAAUAUCUCAUGCUCGAGGAGAGGAACUAACGCUGCAACAAACGAUUCACCCGCGAAGAGAAAAAGAAAACAGAAAGAGGCUGGUAGAGCGGAUAGUGAAGAGGACGAUGAGGGAGAAAUCAGUAGCACUAACGCCUCCGAAUCAUCCCCGCCGGCAAAACGCCUUCGUUCUAACGCUAACAAACGAGAAUCGGAGGCAGUGACGUCAUCCGAUAGUGAGGAGAGUGAAGCUGAAACGCAACGUCUCACUCGUCGAAUGACUCGGAAAAGAGAACAAACGGAAAAAAAUCGCGAGGAUGAUGACGAAGAUGGAGAGGGGAAUGAUUCGGACUGUAGUCGAAUGUCGCCUCCACAUACGCGAGGCAGGAAACGACGUUCGCUAUUGGACGAAUUGCAUACGUCAGAGGGUUAUGUAGGUGACGAGACGCGAUCAAAAUCGUGCGAUGACCUUUACGCUGACCCAUCAAAAUUGGGUAGAGAAGAAAGGGCUCUGCAGCGUGCCUUCAUGCAGCUCUCCGAAAUGAAUGGCAGUUCGUCGUCAGCGGGCAAUCAAAAGAAGUGUUCGAGGACGCCAUCUACCGGUUCGAAUAAGCGAAGUGUUGAGCGCCAUCAACCAGAAGCCACUACAGUUCAAUCACCGAGCAAAGCGAAGAAAACACCUGUUUCACCUGAAGCCAAUAAACGAAAUGAAGAGGAAAAAGAGGCAAAAAAGAAACGUAAGAAGAAGAAGCGUAAGAAAAAGGUAAAGAGACUAAGACAGAGUACAAGGUUGAAGAGUAGAGUAGCACGAGGAAUUUUCGCCGAGGACUCUUCAUCUGACUCAUUUGUCGAGCAAGAUGACGAGGAUGACGAGGAUGUUGUUAUGGAUAUAAAAGAAUCUUCAUCAAGUAACUCGUCCGAAGAGGAAAGUGAUGAAGAAGGUACAUCGGAGACAUCGGAGAGUGAAGAGAAUAAUAAGCGACGGAGGCAGCCAAUGCUUAGAGAAUUGCGAGCACUCUUUCCCGAUGAAAUUCCAACUCGUGCACGAAGUAGCGAAUCGCGUGAUGACACGAGCAUCACGUCUGCUGCUACUGUAUCAACACCACGUCCAAAGAAACGAGGUCGUCCCGCAGCUUCAAAUUCUAGAUCGAAUACACCAGAUGCUCGACGGACGAAACUCGGAAAGCUACCAACUAAGAGUGCAAGACUGGCUUGUUCAUCACCGUCGUCAUCGCAUAGAAGUGAAACUGCAACAGUUACAAACGCGGCGUCAGCUAUUCCAAUUGAAAUAAAAAAACUUGGUUCUCUGAGAAGGGAAGCUGGUGAAACUCCCCUACAUAAAGCUGCUAGAAAAGGCAACGAAGAGGUCGUGAAGUUCUGCCUGGAAUCCGAUUAUGGAGAUGUGAAUGCUCGAGAUAAUGCCGGAUUUACUCCUUUGCACGAAUCAUGUUUGCAAGGUUUCGUUAAUAUUACCGCAAUGUUGCUUCGUCAUGGAGCCGACGUAAAUGUUGCUUCUCUUGAUGGCCUUAGACCUUUAAGAGAUGCUAUAGAAAGUGAUAAAGUGGAAAUAGUGAGACUUUUAUUGGCCUAUGGCGCUGAUCUAUCUUUACUCACUUAUUCUGGUAACGACCUAUUAGAUCUGACUCAGUCAGAGAGGAUGAAGAAGUUGUUAAAUGGCUACUUACGUGAUGCUUAUGUUGAAUCGAACGACUCUGCCCUCACACAGCAGAUGGCUAAGCAGUACGCAGUAGUCCUUCAUCCAAAACAAUACGGUGGGGAGAGAGUCAAACUAAGGAAACAACGUUACGAAAAAGAUAAGAAGAUACGCAAAGAGGAGAACGAGCUAGUUCGUAAAUGGCACGAACGCGUCAGACGAAGGGAGGAAAUGGAAAAACGAAGAAAGGAAAAGAAGAAGAAGAAGGCAAAGGAUGAAGAAAGUGAAGAAAGCGACGACGAAGAAUCAGAAGAAGAUGAUUGGUGGGAAACUGACAUUGGCCAAGCUUGGACUUUUGCCGGACCAUCCUCAUUAUUGGACGAAGAAGCUGAAGAAGGCUCAUUAAACGUAUUAGAUAAAUGCCCAGCAUCGAUUGAUAAAUCUGAUGAUGUCAUUUUUGAAUUCUCACGCGAACCUCAUUUGAAUACUUAUCAUGUAACUGUUAAUGGUGUUACGGAUAACUACGUUCUUCUUUCUGACGUUAUGUCAAACCUAGGGGUGGGAAAACAAGUAGAAGAGGAGGAAGAUGAAUUUAUUAAAUUGCAUUACACCCUUACAACUAAGUCUAUGAAAUAUGAGGAAUUUAUUGAUAAUGUGGAUUCUAGAAAUAGUGUUUUACCACCUCCUUUACCAACUUCAACACCCUGCUCUAAAACAAAGAAGUCGAACAGCACGAUAACUCUAAUUAAGAUUAACGAUGCCCUGCGAUCUAUUAUGUCUAUUGAGUCAAUUGUCGUGAAAGCACCCACGACGAUUGGGAAUAGAUCAAGAAGAAUUAGUACAAUCUCAACGCAAAAGGCAGUUGAUGUUAGGAAAAAGAAGAUGGCAAGACAGAGUACUACUUCGACGACUCAAUUUAGUACCGAUUCCAAAUCGGAUACAGAUCGAUGGGUUGAUAAACACUUUUCAUUUGCAAAGCCGGCACCUAAAAUAACGAAAGAAUCUCCAACACCCUCGACUGUGCCUACAGCUGUAUCCGCUUUCAAAACUGUUCCGUCCCCUGCGCCAUUCAAUUCUGUAAAGGCGCCACCAAAGCAAAAUCCAACAACCGUCUCGAUUCAGUCGAAAGUCACACCUCACUCUUUCCCCUUGCCACCAACUUCUGCAAUGUUACCACCAAGGCAACCACCAGCAGUUGUUACAACUACAACACAAUUUUGGGCAACACCAGCACCUCAAGCUCCUCCCCCUCCAUAUAACACUCACAGUUUAGAAAUGUAUCGAAGAAAUUUGCAAUCACCGACACCAUCUUUGGGAUGGAAGUCGGGGGUUGCAUCGAAUUCUGCAGCCCCGUGGGAUGGCGGUCUCUUCAACUCGCUCAGCCAGACGUCACAUAAGACGAGCGUAUCGAACGAGAAUCCGCCAGUUGAACCUCUCCCAGCCCAUCGAAGUUCGUCUGCACAUCACCCCGUAUCCUACUUCCCACCCCCGCCACCUCCACCCCUCAACGGACAUUCCACAUUUAUGGGAGCUCCACCACAGGGCGCUCAUUCUAGUCUUGUGACGCAGCCGGCUCCUCCACCUUAUUCGGCGUUGGGCACUUCUCGGAAUGUACUGUCUGCUGUUGAUCCAUUAGCGGCUGCGGCUGCUGCAGCGGCCUAUCGAACGCAUCACGAUCUAUUGCCAGGAAGGAUGGGGCCAACCGGAUAUGGAUUAGAAAACGCUUUCGCGUCCUGCAUUCCACCUUAUGCGACAGCACCGACGUUUACAUCCGGUCGGUCAACUCCGUUCCAACCUCAUUACGCCUACCGUCCUCAAUAUUAA